AGUUACAGCCUUAAAUUUGUCCGUAACUGUUAACUGUAAUUUAACAGCCGUAAUUGAAUUAUGUAAGUUCAAAUGUUCGCCGAGUUGUUUAAAAAUUGUAAAAGCAGCGCUAGAAUAUCCUAUCCUUGCUAAUAUUAGCUAAGGAAGCAGUCCCUCUGAGUUAACAGUUACCUCUAAGUUUGACUGUCUUACCUUCAAUAACAGAGCGAUGGAGAGUUCACUGGUAAAAGACAACCCACUGCUUUUACCUCUCAACAAGGAGAAAACUGUUUAUGACGGAUUCAUCACAGUCCAGGAACAAGACUUUAGGGUGAGAAUACUGCUACCACCGGAUCACCAACUUAAACAGGCCAGGCUUCACUGCUGUUGGCAGUUAAAACACCUGUUGCAUGGGUAUGAGCACAUAGUGAAGCAGAGGCUGCAGCAGUCGGCUGAUCUUGUCAGUUUCAUUCUGGAGCUGAAGACCGUCUUGGAAGUGGGCCUGAAGAGCCGCCCUGAGAGCAGCUCGAUCCCGCCUCCACAGUAUUACUCUCAGCUCAUCUCUGAGAUGGAGACCCUUGGGUGGGGCAAGCUGCUCUUCAUAGACACAGAGUUCCGAACGCUGAGGCUGAAGGCAGAGGACUCCUCUGGAAGGCAGCACACCCUCACUAUUAAACUCAAGACUACGCACCCGGCAGGGGCUCCUGAAUGCUCAGCUGACCUGCCUGUCCCUCUGGCCAUAACCUGGACACCACAGAGCACUCUGGACCAGCUCUACAGCCAGUUCCUGUUGGUUUUGGAGUCCCUGACUGAGUUCUGGGACGUCCUGGACGAGAUUGACACUAAGACCUGGAUCCUGGAGCCGGAAAAACCCAGCCGGUCUGACACCAUGAGGCGGAUCGCUAUCGGAAGCAACGUGUCCAUCAAAGUGGAGCUGGAUCCCAGACACCCUAAGAUGCUGCCAGAGUGCUGCCUGCUGGGAGCCGAGCACGUGGUGACUCCGCUGAGGAAUAAGCUCAACGCCAACAUGCACCUCUGGAACCUGGACUCCAGCGUCUUGCACAACCUCCGGGAUGUUUUGGAGAUCGAAUUCCCGUCACCUGCCACCCACGAAAAAUCUAGCUUCAGUGUCGAGUGUGGGAUCUGUUACUCCUAUCGUCUUGAAGCUGCGAUUCCUGAUCAAGUGUGUAAUGACCCUCGCUGUGGCCAGCCCUUCCACCAGGCCUGUCUGUAUGAGUGGCUGCGAGCGCUCCCUUCCAGCAGGCAGAGCUUCAACAUUGUUUUUGGAGAGUGUCCUUACUGCAGCAAGCCUAUUACUGUGAAAAUGACGGCCCAGAAGUCCUGAGAAGAGGCUCUGUGUUCCCGUCAGUGCCGUGUCGACUUUGGGAAACAGCUUUGAAGAUUCGUAGAUUUUGGAUUUGCACGCACAUUGGACAAUAUUCGCCUUAUUGGCCUAUCAGCAAAUAAAAUGACUUUCACAAAUGGCAGUGGCUGAUAUUUUUCUGUUGUGUCACAUCAGUUUUGCAUAGGCUAAAAAGCAGAGCUCAAGUCUAACUGUCGUCGAACUGUAGUCUUAGGGACAAUAGACAUGUUUGGGACCAACGGAUCUUCCCAAGGACACCUUCAGGAAUAAAGGAUACAGUGAACUUAAUACUGACACAUCGGGGGAAACACUGUUGUUUGAACAACAGCUCUGUAUUGACCUCCGCAGGAGGAGAGCUAGUUCAUGUUAGCAGUUAGCAGUCGGUGGCAGGAACUAACAACUUGAAUUGAGCUGCAUUGUGACGCAUUCAAGCUCUACUCGGUAAAAACAAGUUGUCACAAACUGGCUCGGUGAAUGUGACAAGGAGGGAGUCAAUUUAUUACACUAAGACAGACAAAAACAAACAAAAACCAAACCAAAACUUUAUAAAGCCAUAAAGCUUGAUUCAGUGAAUAUGAGUAUUGGGUGAAGGUAUGGUGUAGUAUGUCGCUCAACAAACCAUAAAAAAACCUGCUGGUGCUCAGGUGUCAGUCUGUGUCUGUGAAAGAGCGUCUCUUCCUCUCUGCUCCUCAGCUCCCUUAUAUUCCUCUCUGCUGAUCGCUAUCACCUGUUGUGACAGAGAGAGGAGGAGCAAACGAGGGAGAGAGAAACAGAGCAAUCACGCCCACUGAGGUGUUCACAUCAACUCACCUUUUUAAACGUGCCUGUUCUCCGUAAUCUACUGCUGUUCAACUUUUAUGUAUUUUUAAGAAUUGUUUUUCACUUUAUAUUGUUUAUUUUG